ACAAAACAUUCCCAAAUUCCCCAAACGAAAAAAAGAAAAACCCUUCUCUCUCUCUCUACCUCUCCCUCUAAAUGGAAUUCUUAUUCCUUCACUCAUUUUUCUUCUCCACUUUCUUCCUCCUCUGCUUUUCCGCCGCCGCCAAUCACCACUGGAUCGGCCCCACCGGCCACCGCCUCAUAAAAGUGAACGUUAAGGGUGGCUCCGACGUGUUUCUGUCCGUGCAAGCCGCCGUGGAUUCAGUUCCCGAUUACAAUACCGUUAACACUAUCAUCCGAAUCAGCCCUGGAUAUUACGUGGAGAAAGUAGUGGUGCCGGCGACGAAGCCGUACAUAACAUUUGAAGGAGGAGGAAAAGAGACGACGGUGAUUGAGUGGCAUGACAGGGCCGGUGACCGUGGUCCGAGCGGACAGCAGCUUCGUACUUACAGAACUGCCUCCGUUACUGUUUUUGCUAAUUACUUCUCUGCCCGAAACAUCAGCUUCAAGAAUACGGCACCGGCUCCAUUGCCCGGAAUGCAAGGGUGGCAGGCGGCGGCAUUUCGGAUAUCCGGCGACAAAGCCUACUUUUCGGGUUGCGGAUUCUACGGGGCACAAGAUACCCUUUGCGACGACGCCGGCCGCCAUUACUUCAAAGAAUGUUACAUUGAAGGCUCCAUAGACUUCAUCUUUGGAAAUGGCCGUUCCAUGUAUAAGGAUUGCGAACUGCACUCCAUCGCCACCCGGUUUGGUUCCAUAGCAGCGCAAGAUAGAAACUCGCCAAUCGAAAAGACCGGGUUCGCUUUCCUGCGGUGUAAGGUAACCGGUUCAGGACCCGUCUACGUGGGUCGUGCCAUGGGCCAGUACUCCAGAAUUGUCUACGCGUAUACUUACUUUGAUGAUGUGGUAGCACACGGUGGAUGGGAUGACUGGGACCAUGUCAGCAACAAAAACAAGACUGUAUUUUUUGGAGUAUACAAGUGCUGGGGGCCAGGGGCGAGUAAAGUAAAAGGAGUGUCAUGGGCCAAGGAGUUGGAGUAUAAAGAGGCACAUCCAUUUCUAGCCAAGAGCUUUGUCAAUGGCAGACACUGGAUUGCACCCUCUGAUGCUUAGUUCUUACCUCUCCAACCAAAUGCAAUACAAUUAAUUACUUUUUAGUAUAUAUGCUUUUUUAAUUAUUUCCAAAUAUUUAUAUUAAUUUUAUAUUCAUUCAAUUUGUACUCCACAACAAAUAAUACUCUUCUAAUACACACUAUAUAAUAUUUAUCAUUUGUUAUUAUC